GGGGCCGGUGGGGGAAAGGCACCACAAGAAGAAGCUUUAGAAAUGGCUCCAUGGCCCACCUUGUAUUGAGGAGCCCUUUUGAAGUUGUCAGGGACAUAGGAUGAAAUCAGAAUGUCCUUUAGUUUCAAAAAAGGUUUGCAGAAGCCCAGAUGAGAACCUUAGAAUUACAUCAUGUAAAGAACACUGGAUUUAGGAAUAAAAUAAUUUGGGUUUUAGCUCUGUGUUUGGCACCUUAUGUUAUAGUUGCUUAUCUGUUGUGGACCUUGGUUUCCUACCAUAUGCAAGUUAGUUACAAAGAAACAAGUUAUAACUCUCCCCUUGACAGGGUAAGACAUAGAUGAUAUCUAAGGAUGUUUCUUCCUAAAAAGGUGACAGAAUUUAAAGACGACAAUAGAGGCUGUAUAGUCCAAAUCCCCAUUUAAUGAGAGAAAAAUUGAUUCGGCACUCCUGAGGACAGAACAUACAGUGUCUGUACUGACUGUCUCUUAGAAAAAUCUAAGUAUUGGUCACUAACGUGUAUUGGAACUCGCCUGUAGACUUCCCUCUGCUGGGGUCUGAAUUUUGCAGCAUUUUCAAGCACUUUCACUUAUGCCCUGGGGCUAGCAUGUCUGCAUCUCUAUUCCAUUCAGUGCUGAACUCCUUGGAGGUAAGGUGAGAGUGUUAGACACAUUUUGAUAAACCUAGCCUAGACGUUCAGUCAUCUACGGGCCCCUUCCCUCUGCAAAUUAUGCUGCUCUGUUGAGACCAGUAGGCCACCUGGGCACUGGCAGCUUUAGUCUUUCUGACCUAGCCCUACCAUCCUCUCUAAUUGGGGCUAAACUUCAUUGACACGCAAAACAGGAAAUCACUCAUGUUCUCUUUGGAACCUUGAAUGACAAUUCAAACUCAUCUUGUCUUGGUCACUUCCCAGGACUGGUUUUGUCAUAGAAACAUCUCAUUCCAGAGUUCAGUUGAAACAUUGAGAGACUGGUUUGAUUCACUUUGCUUCUCAUCCCUAUAAUGCAUUGCUGCCAUCUGAAAUAGAAGCCCAUCCAGUCAUCAGGUCUCAAAUUGUUACCUAAUUUCCUCAAUUCAUUUUACCUUUGCUGCUGUCCUUGCCAGUUCUUCGCAUUAUGGAGAUUUUCAUUCCCUAUUCCUUUGUAAAUAUGCUUUUCUGGUUUUUCAUUAACUGGAAAUUGACUCUCCCUUAGCCAUACUUACCUUAGGGCUAUUUCAAGUGGAGAGUUUGUUUUCUCACUUUACUGCUAGUAAAUGGAUGGAUUACAGGGUCUGUUGCCCCUGUAUUCUUGAUUGCCAUUGCUACACCAUUGUUCUUCUAUUUUGAGGCUUCUGCUGUUGAGCUGCACCAUCUAUCCUCCUCACUCAUCUCUGGUUACUAGUAUUCAUUUAUGGAGGGGUCUUCGAUGAUGGGCAUCUCUUUCCCCGGUGCUGCCAUCAUUGUGGCAAUUUCAUUAGUCAUGGAUGACCUUAACAAUUUCUGGACCUCCAUCUCCACUAGUCAUUUUUUACUCCAUUUAGCAAACCAAUUUUAAGUCCACACUUUGGACUCAUCAGAAAUUUAUUUUCUGAAAUGUACAGUCUAAUUUAUUCUAUGAUUUUAAUGUCUUUUCCUUUAAUCUCUUCCUCAGUAUACUUACUCUUUGACCUCAAGAAGCCUCCAAUUCCUUAACCAACUUUUUUUUCCCCCCGUCUCUGUCAGUUUACUCUGGCUUUACCACUUCCCCAUUUAGCAUAGACUGUGGCCUGUCACUCUGGCUCUGCAGAACCUUAUCCGUGGAUCAGUUUGGCCAUCUGACUUCUUUGAUUUCAUGGGCUGCUGCAUGCUACUGAGUAUAUACCAUUGGUUGGUAGCACCACAGAUUGACUCAAGUAGGCAGGCUCUUGAAGCAGUUUAGCAGCCCUGGCGGUCCAACCUCUUCCGUUCUUAAAGACUAUUUCAGAUUUUCACCUCUUGUCAAAUACUCAGCCUGUCACCUCUGCUGCCUCAGCAGAAGCCUACCCUCCUAACGGGUAAAUUGAACCUAACAGGAGAGCUUCUAAGCUUCUUCCUUAGUUAUCUGUAUCAUCAUCCUCAUCUGUCCCAGAACAGGUGUCUGUCCUCUGGUCAACACUAUGAGAGUAUAGGUGAAUGAGCAAGUCAGUGAAUCCUAUCCCAUUGUAACUCCUUGAAGACCUUGUUCUAUCAAUCAGCCCUUUAUCUUCAGUGUCUCUCAUUUAGCAUAUAAUUUCAAGCUCUGUAUUAAAUAGGAGCGCUCAACUGUAUAUUUUCCCUUAAACCUGUCUCUGUUUCCUGUUCUCUUUUUCUUCUUUGUAGCCAAGCCUUACCUCUUCUCUGUAUUUAGGUUUCAAUCACUCCUCAGCCAGUUGUAAUCUGGAUUCUACCCUCAUUUCACUGAAAGUUUCCCUACUGAAGUCAGUGAACUCCAUAUUGCUAGAAGUCAUUUGUAUUUGACCUCUCUUCAGUAUGACAUCGUUGUCCACUUCCUUUUAAAAACCCCUCCGUUGGAUUCUUGGCCACUACCAUUUCCUAAUUUUUCUUCUUUUUAGCUGCUCUUUAACCAGCCUCUUUUUCUGUUUACCCCUUGAAAUGGUGUAAUUGGGGGCUCUUCUCUAUAUAACGUGGGUGCCCCAGUCCACUCCCAAUUACUUUUAUUCAUUUGAAUAAAAGUAUCACUUGCCCACGGUUUGUUUCUGAGCUGUUUAAUCAACUGUGUGUUAAACAAUUCCACUUGUAUUUUUUUAACCUAUUAAAUGUUAUUUCAAUAGGUUUUUGGGGGACGUCGUGUUUGGUUACAUGGGUAAGUUAUUUAGUGGUGAUUUCUGAGAUUUUGGUGCACCCGUUACCUAAGAAGUGUACACUGCAUUGGAUGUGUAGUCUUCUCUCUCUCACCCCCUUUCACCCUUCCCCCCAAGUCACCAGAGUCCAUUGUAUUAUUAGUCUUAUUUUCAUCACCGUGGGCAUACCCUGUGGGAUGGUAAAUGUACUCUAGACUCUGUUGGCUAUUUCUCUGGAGUGAGACCUCUGGAGACUUCUCAGAUAGCUCAUAGGUCUCUGGCCUUGCCCUGAAAUUACUGGUUUCUCGGGGAGGUGCUGGAGAUGGCGGAGGCUCCUCACUCUUUGGAUCCUCCUGUGGCUCGUUUUGAUUGAGUUCCUCAUUCAGCUGGUCGCAGUGGCCGGAGAGUGUGGCCUGCUCCCUUCCUCAGGUUUUCUUCAGGCAGUGGUCUUUUCUGUAGAGGCUUUUUUUUUUUUUCUGAAACUCCCUUGGAGGGCUCCCUUCCCUUUCAAGGUUGUCUUGGGAACCUUGAUAGUGCUUCUGGACCUAGGUUGAGACAGGGCCUUUCUCUUCAUUACUUCUUGGGUAUUGGUGGGUGGGUGGGUGGUUGACAGCUAGGCUGGAGGCUCAUGGUUUCCUGGUUAUUUUCACCAGCAUCUCAACAGUCUCAGCUCGCUCAUUCUUAGGAUGUCAGCUUAAAUGUUACCUCUUCAGAGGCCCCCAUGUUCUCUCUUGCAAUGGCCUGUUCUAUUCCAUUAGGGGACUUUGCCAUAUAUGGCAUAUUUGUGUAAAAUUUCCAUGAGAGCAGAGGUUUUGUUUCCUUUAUCCCUCCAUACACAGCAAGUGGAACAAUACAAUGCAUAGAGUAAACAUGCAACAGAUAACCCGAAGGAAUGCUGUUUCAUGCCUUCAUUCCUUCCUGUACAUUAUUGCUCCCCUAAUGUUCUCUGUGUUUGGACUGCCAUAACCUCAUCUACCUUUUCUCCUUACUACCUUCUCAUUCUUCAAAAUUCAGCUCAUCCCCAAAUUCCUCUGAGAAGUCCUUCAGGUUACUCCUCUCCAUCUGAUCUGAAUAAGAUGUCCUUUCUUGGAGCUCUACUAGCGUUUAGACUAGACACUGGUCCUCAGAGUGAGGUUUCUGUAUGGACAGCAUCACCAUCAUCUGGGAAUUCAUUAGAAAUGCAAAUUAUGAGGCCCUACCCUAGACCUCCUGAAACAGAAACUCUGGGAAUGGGGCCAACAACCUGCGUUUUAACAAGCCUUGCGGGUGACUGUGAUGAACACAAAGUUUGAGGACCACUAGAAUAUAGUCACUGUAGAAUAUAUCUCCAGGAUCUGACACAACGCCUAGAACAGGAUUAUUGUGAAGAUCGACCUGAAAUCUAUCUUCCUGUAGCCUCAUCAAUCCUGGUUGAGAAUAUGAAAAACUAGUUGAGUUGCAUCUCUGUUAGGCAGCCUUACAACAUUUGAGGAUAGCGAUUAUCUCUACUUCUCCACCUCUCAUCCCUAACUCCUCUGGUUUAAUGUCUUUUUUUUCUUAUGUGCUAUAACUUUGAAUCCCUUCACUUUCUUCCUUGGACUUAUCUGGAGAAUUCCAACUUACUUCAUAUCCAUCUUAAGUGUAUAUUCAAAAUAUCCUUUGAGCUUUUAACCUACAAUUCUGAAAGGUGGAACUAUACAUGUCUAUAAUCACCCCAGCAAGACAGAGUUCACAAUGAACAUAGUUAGAAUUCCAUUUGUACAGUUGGAGGUGUUCCCAGGUGGGCGGAUUGCUUGAGGUCAGGAGUUCAAGACCAGUCUGGCCAACAUGACGAAACCCCGUCUCUACUAAAAAUACAAAAUUCAGCCGGGUAUGGUGGCACAUGCCUGUAAUCCUAGCUACUCGGGAGGCUGAGGCAUGAGAAUCAAUUGAACCCGGUAGAGGCGGAGGUUGCAGUGAGCCGAGAUUGCGCCACUGCACUGCAGCCUAGGUGACAGAGGGAGACUCUGCCUCAAAAACAAACCAUCCCUGUCACUCCCAUCCUAGACCAGUCUAAUUGCAAGUAUCUCACAGGGAGCCCAAGUAUCAAUGUUUUUUUGAACAGCUUUAUGGAGGUAUAAUCUAUAUACCAUAAAAUCCACUUAUUUUAAUGUAUGAUUUUAGUAAAUUUAAAGACUUGUGCAACCCUUACCACAUCAUACAAACUUCAGAAUGUUCCUGUCACCCAAAAAGAAACUUCAUGUCUAUUUAGUCACUCCCUGUUUCUACUCCCAGCUCUAGGUGACCAUUAAUCUGAGUAUCUCUAGAUUUGCCUUUUCUAGACCUAAACAUCACGUUUUUUUCUGCAGCCAGAGUUGAGAACCAUAAUUCUAAAUGCAUUAUGAGAAAUAAUGAUUUUUAAAGAUUAUAUAUAAUAUUUUACGUAUUUUCAUAUUUAUGACUCCCGUCCAUACAGUGAAUGUAUCUAUCACCAGUAAGACAAAGAUCAUUAAUUUGAUAAUGGAACUUAAUAGACCAUUCUUUCCUUUUAUACAUUUUAGUAUCAUAUUCAAAAUGGCCUCCCAUUCUGUCCCCAAGUUGUUUUAAAACAUCUCCAGUCUGGCUUUUUUCCCCUUUAGCUCAUAAAUGAAUAGUGCUGGAAGAUAUCUCAGGAGCAUUCUCCCUGAGAUGAUGUCUUCAGUAAUGAUCGCACGUAUUGGUGUUGAUUCCAUCCUUGAAGUUACUUUCCUUUAUCUUUCACAGUGGUGUUUCUUCACUAGAGGUUUUGCUGUCUGAUUAACUUCUCUGCCAAAUAAAUGGACUUUUGCUUCAUAGGUACACAAACGUUUCUAAAACUUUUUUUGGAAAAUAUAUUUCUUUCUUAAAAAAACAAAUAGUGCAUGCACAUUUUAAAAAAAAUAAAUAAAAAAUAAUCUACCCCAAAAUGACCAGUUAAGAUUUACUUUCAGACAACUCUGUGCAUAUUUACAUAUGCUUAUAUACAACUACGUACACCUUUGCAUAGAUGAGAUCACACUGUAUGUACUGCUUUGUAACUUGCUUCUUUCACUUAAUCCUGAGAACAUUUGUACAUGACCAUAGAUAUAGAUUUGUAUUGUUUUUAAUGGCUGUAUAGUUUUGCAUUAUACUGAAUCUUGAUGUUUAAGAGCUAUGUAUAUUGAGGACAUUAUUUCUUUGUCUUGUGUUGCAAAUUUUUUACCAUGUUGUUAUUAGUCUUUUAACCUUAUUUAUAGUUUUUUUGUUAUAAAAGUUAAGUUUUAUGAUGUAAACUUAAUCUCUUUGAUUUUAUAAUUCCUGGUUUUCCCGACGUGCGUAGAAUGACCUUCCCCACUACAAGGUAAUAAAAAUACCUCCAUGAUUUUGCUUAAAACUUUUAUGCUUUAUAUUAAAUCUUUGUUACAUCUUGAAUUGAUUGGUGUGAAGAAUGCCAAGUUUCUUUAUUGCUCUGUUGACUACAUUUAAGUUUCUUAAAUGGUUUGCAUGUCUGUGCAUGUGUACAUAUUCCAAAACCUCUAAUGUGCAAACACAGCUUUACAAAUGUGUAUACAUUCAGUAUUUACUGUAUUUGUUACCUACUGCUGCAUAACAGUAUUACCAGAGACUUAGCAGCUUAAAGCAACACACAUUUAUUGUCUUAAGAAUUGCUGUGUCAGGAGUCAGGGCACAACUUUGCUGGUACCCUGCUUCAGGGUCUCACAAGGCUGUCAUCACGGUGGUGUUUAAGGCUGUGUCAUAUCUGAAGUUUGAGGAAGAAUCUACUUCUGAGCUCAUGUGGUUGUUGGCAGCCUUUAGUUCCUUUUGGGUCGUCGGAAUAAAGGCCUUAGAUUUUGUUUGGCCACUGGCCAGAGGUCACCUUUAGUUCCUUGGCCCCUGCGCUUUCCCAACAUGGCUACUUGCUUUCUCAAAGCUAGCAAGACUAGGUUACAAUCUUAUGUAAUGUAAACAUGUAUGUAUAAUCACAUACAUCCUGCCACCAUUGCCCUAUUCUAUUGGUGAGAAGCAAGUCCCAGGUCCUGCCCAUGCCAAGAGACGAUCACAGAAGGAAGUGAACACCAGGGGAAGCAGGGAUUGUGGGAGGCCACCUCUGAGUUUGUCUGCUAUACUCACACAGAAUGUGCUGCAUCAUACAAAGACUGAAGUGCCUGAGAGCAUAAGCUAACUUCCUUCGGCUUAAUAUAGGCUGGUGCAAAAGUAAUUGUGGUCAGUGGCAAAGACCGCAGUUAGUUUUGCGCUAACCUGUAAAAUUCACUCUAUCCAUACUUUCCUAUUCAAGUUAGAUCAGAAAAGGUAAGUGUAAUGUCUUUCUUUUUUAAUGUUCAUGAGAAGAAAUGCAGUAACUUUUUACACUUGGGCUAACAUUUUAUAAGCUGCUGCAGUUUGAAGUAUUUAUAACUGCCCUUUGGCCAAUAUCCUGCAUUCAGUAGAACAAAUUUACUUCUUAGGAAAAUAGAAAUCUCCAAAUCUUGUCAACUGUGUUCUGGGUUCCUUAACUCUACUGAUUUCUCCUCUGAACACCCUCCAAAUGGUUCAUAUCCCUUUUUAUAUCUAUACAAAGCAUUCUUUUAGUCUUCAAAUUACAAUUCUGUCUGAAGGAAUCAGAUCUUGAAUUUUAAAAUUUAUAGUAUUCACAGUGUGGAUGGUUAAGUAUCUUUAUGAAUUUGUUUCCUCUCUAUACAUAUUCUACAGCCUGUGCUUUUGGAAGCUGUCAGCAAAAAUUGCUGUAAUUUCCAUCGAGAAAUGGAAAUGUGAGGAUUUCGUCAUCAUUGAAAUUUGUCCUUUCCUGUGCCUCACAAGAAUUUCUGUUUUGUUCCUAGGGAUGGAUACAUUGGGGGUUUUGUAAAUUGGUGGGAUGCGUGGUAUGAAAACAUAGGAGGCAAGAGAAGAAACUGAAAGCAGAAUUGAGAGUUUUAAAGUAUCUGAUCCCAAGUUUGUCACCUAGGAAACAAUGCUUUCUUUCCAAGAUAAUGGUGUUGCCAUCGCUGCUAUUGACAGGUGACUCUUCAGACUUGUUUACAACUCGGCAAGGGCAUGGAUCCGUGCUGGCUCUGUGUGUUUGUUUUGCGGUUCUUGUUUGGAAAAUGUUUAAUAUUCUAACUGCUGUAGGUUCUGUGGAUUAAUACAUACACAUCUUAAGUCCUGUCUUAGAAUUACAUAGCCCUAAGAUUUUCAGGUAUCCUAACGUCAACUUUUCUAUGCUUCUGUUACUACUAGGAUAGUAUCUACACAUUUGUAAAAGAUGGCCUGCAGAAAAAAUGUAUUUUGGAAAUAUUAUGUAUAAAUUGCCUAGUUCUAUCCUGGUUUUUCUAAUAUUAUGAAUUAAGUUACCAUUGUAUGAUAAAUUGUGACUGAGCAAAGGUUUUUCUCAUUUGUCAGAUGGUUGUAGUGGGAGGUAUUAAAGCUCUAGGAGAUGACAAGUGGACAGGACAGAGCGAGAAAGAAAUGGUGUGCUGAGUUCACCUGAAAGCCUCAGUUCCCAAGCUAUUUCUUUGCUAAACUGUUUUUCCAAAGUUGUAUCUGCACCCUCUCUGGUUUGCAAAGGGGGGACAAAAGAGGGAAAUUUUAUACAUAUAAAAUCUAAAGAAGAGAGAUCUGAUAACUAAGGUCAAGAUACAGGGAAGGAAUAGUAGAUAAUAAAUAGUGUUAGAAUAUUUUGAUGGGUAAAUAUGAGAUGUUAUAGAAGAAGCUGGAAUGAAAUGUGAGUUUCGAUAUUAGAGCCUACCUAACAAAAAUUGAAGUAGACAACAAUCCCCCUUCUUCACCCCUUUUCAAGUCACUCCUCUCCAAGUGAACAACAGCACUGCUUUUUUGGCUACAGAAAGCAGCUGAGGCUCAAUCCCAAAGCAGCAGCAGGCUCCGGUCCAAAGUGCAAACCAAAAGAAGCAGCAGGAGGGGUAGAACAGAGUCAUUACCAAAGACUGAGUACAGAAUGAAGUGAUCUUUGAAAACCAGCAUGAAAGGGCAUGCUACAGGCUAAAGCCGGACUCAGGAAGGCCUGUUGUGAGGGAGAGGGGAAAUCCACAGCCCGGCAUGGGAGAAGAGAACCAUGGGCACAGAGUAAGUGGGAAGAUGGAAUAGUGAGUGACCCACGGCCACAUGGCUCAAGGCAAAACCAUACGCUACCAUUUCUUUAAAGAACCAGCAUAGGUUCCCAGAGCAGAAAGCCGGCAAGGAUUCCUCUUGAAUUCAUGUUUGAAAAAUACCCUCACGCUGAAAUUACUAAACAAGAUAGUAGUGUUUCUGUUUACAUGGAAAGCUGAGUUCAGGGGCGGAUCUAGAUUUUGUAGGUCUUGAAGCUUAGACAAUUUGCGGAGGGUCCUCUUUAUGGAAAAUGGCAAAAAAUUAAGAAUUCAAAAGUAGGUACAGGGGAUUGGAAGGCACCCAUGCAAGGGGGUCCCGAAGCUUACGUUGAAUUAACUGCGAGGUGAAUCUGUUUGAGUGGAGCAGAAGGAGCCGGGGCAGACAGACAUCCAAAUCCUAAGUGUGUCACUUCUUAGCUUUGGAAUCUUGGGCAGUUUAAUUUUCCUGUCUGUGAAGCUCAAUUUCUUACCUAUAAAAUAGGGAUAAUGCCAGUCUUUCUGGCUUGUCAAUACAGACUAAAUGAGAGAAUGUAUGUGAAGGUGCCUAGUACAUGCCAUGACUGCUAAUCUGGAUGACUUUAUGUGGUGCUAAGUUUUGAUAGGUAUGAUUGUUGAUGAAAAGUGAAUAUCAGCCAGGCGCGGUGGCUCACACCUGUAAUCCCAACACUUUGGGAGGCCUAGGUGAGUGGAUCACGAGGUCAGGAAUUCGAGACCAGCCUGGCCAACAUGGUGAAACCUCUACUAAAAAUACAAAAUUUAGUACAAAAUUUAGCACAAAAUACAAAAAUUAGUCGGGCAUGGUGGCGGAUGCCAGCUACUUAGGAAGCUGAGACAGGAGAAUCAUUUGAACCCGGGAGGCAGACGUUGCAGUGAGCCAAGAUCAUGCCACUGCACUCCAGCCUAGGCAACAAAGAGCGAAAUUUCGUCUCAAAAAAAAAAAAAAAAAAAGAAAAGUGAAUAUCGAUUAUUCUGGUCAUUAUUGUUUGGAGCUCUGAUUCCUGGAGAUUGAGGAAAUGUUUAAAGUAUCUGCCGAGUGAGCUAAGCACUCCUAGGCUUUUUUCUAUAUUCAGGGGGCAGAUGGCACUCUACUGUCUUCAAGAAGCUUACAGACUAGAGGUGCUAGUCUGGGCUGUAGUCAUUGGCUGUUGGAAUUGGGAAUAUAAGAACUCUUGGAAUAACUCGAGUUGCUGGAUAGAAAGAACUGUGGCCAGAGCAGUUACAAGAGGGAUGAUCAGACCAGCAGUCUCUUUCUUUCCAAGCCUGAGAUCAGCUGUGGAAGACCCAGAGCUGAAGUGAAGCCUGGGGAUGACCCAGUCUUACUUACUCUCUUGUUUUAUGCAUGAAAAACAGAGUCCUAGAAAGGCAAAAUGGAUUGCCCAAGAUUAUGUGGCUGAUUCGGGUCAUAUCCAGGACUAGAAGUUUGGAGUUCUGCUUCCCAGGUACAUUUUUUUUCAUCACACUGAACUUUGCUCUAACUCAUUCUCCAUUUAUGCCCCUUCUUUAGUUUUCCUUCUCCAUUGUCCACCUAGCAGAACUCUAUGGAAGGCCAUCCUGGUCCAACAGUCAGGCUGCAGGACCUUUAGGCUUCUUUUGCCUGUUAGUCUGACAUGUAGGUAGAUCUCUCUCUCUUGCUGAAUUUCUCCAUUGGUGGAAACCAAGGGUUCAGUUGACACUACAGAGCUGUGGAAGCAAGCAGCACUAGCAGCCAGCAGACAGGCAGUGGAAAGGGGCCGUGAGGGAGCUUUGGACACCAGUACUUGACAGGGUUGUUCAGAACCUGGAGAGCUUCCAAAGGAGAGCAAUGAAAACAGUGGGUGGGGAUGAGAAGGAAGAACUCUUAGGAAAGAUAAAAGGGUUUCAGAUUAUUUAUCUUGGAGAAGAGAAGGCUGAGAGUGUCUUUGAAAAGGAGUUUCAGAUAUAAGACCAGACCAGCUGUAGUACAUCUUCCCUGAGGAUGGACUAAGAAAUUAGCUAACAACAGCAAUUAGGCUACAGAGCUUUUCAAAUUUAGCUGCCUAUUAGAGACAUCCAGAGAGCUUUUUAAAAAAUCUCAAUGUUCAAGUUUCACCUCAGAACAAUUAAAUCAGAAUCUUCUCUUUAGGAGUGGGCGUUAAACAUCGGUAAUUUCUUUAAUGUUUCCCGGGGUAGCCAACAUUGAUUUCUGAUUGAGAAAAUUUAAAAUUUUAAUCUUAUGGAAUAAUUGGGAGGAAAAUUGCACAAUGAUGUCAAACUAUGCUAGGAAAAAAUAUAUUUUUUUAAUGAAGGGAAUACGGAUAAGAUACAACAAGAGCGGGGAAAGUUGGGAUUGGGCUUAGUGUGAAGGAGGAGAAUAUAGGGAAGAGGGGGUGAAAACCCGUGGCCAAGGCCUUGAGAACAGGUACAGGGGCCUUCCUCCCGCUACAGUCACCACUUUCUGUGACGUCAGUUCACUCCUCCGAGUUUAUGUGGCUGUUAUGGCUGAGAAAGAGAAAAGAAGCCCCUGACAGCUGGAAAUUGGACGGACACUAUCAGUUAGGCUUUGUAUUGCUAGGAGCUGCCCUGGUGUUCGUUCUCACAUGUCAAUGUCAGGCAAGGCCACUCUGUGAUCAUGGUGGAUCCAGACACAAAUAAGAUCACCCUGUGAUGAUGUCUGAAUAAAGACAAUAACGUAAACAUUGUCCAGACCACACAAGCGAUCGAACAUCUUCUGCCGGCUAACACAAGUGACUGCUCCUUCCUUGCCAAUCACAGCUUUUCACUUCACUUCAUUCUCCUGCUUUCUAGACAAAAUCCAUUACGAAACCCAAUUAUAAAAUUACUCCUUUCUCACAGCAUCCAGUCCAAAGCAAAGCCCUGCUUCCUGAAGCCUCCUCAAAAUCACCUAACAGAAAUUCAUCCGAUAACAAGUCCUCAGCGACGCCCUCUGACUGAGACACCUCACAGUUUACAUUGUGUGCGCACUCCCUUGUUGCCAUGAGUAAUGAACCCAACUUGUGUGUUCCUCGUGGUCUUUGGCUCACGGGCAUUGACAGCACAGUUUGAGCAGGCCGUGUCUGUUUUUUCUUGUUUGGGGAAACCAGGACAGAUGAGAGCUGUCAUGUUUCCCAGUCAUGGGAAAACAAUCAUGUUUCCCUUCUGGGUCCCCUCUCUCUCUCUGGGCUGCGACAUGAGAGAUGAGAUUCCAGCCACACUUUGCAUUCCACAUCAGUCAGCUGUGUGAUCAGUGCAUCAAUAUAUUUUUCUCAUCACAAAUAACGUCCUGCAGUGGUGGUUAAAAAUGUUUAGGAUAAAAGACUGUCCAUCGAUUGAAGUUGCUCUUUUUAAAUGUCACUCUGCCCUAAUCCCUCACCACAGCUGCAUAGUGUCAGGGUGUCUCCAUUCACUCAGAACCCCUGCUCACUAACUGUUCAUCAGCCAAGAGCUUCCCACUGAGACUAGUUACAUAAGUGUUGCAAACUGUAUGUACUCUGAGAGUCAGACAAGAAAUCAGGGAAACAGGGAUUGGAAGAAACAGGAUAAAAUUGGGAAAUAACUGCAAUUACUUUUCUAGAGUUAAAGACAAAAGGUAUGAUUUUCCUUAAUAGGGCAGAGUAGUAGGAGAGAAUUGUGGAACACAUUGGGAUAGGAAGAGAGCCUUCUGAUUAGAUUUUUAAAGUAUUCUUCAGGUCUGAUGAGAUUUUCAGUGAAAGCAACAUUUUUCUUGUCAUUUUUAUUAUUCACCUCGUUCCUAAGAAAGUUAUGUUUAAUCCCACGGGCCAGCAAUAGCCAAAAUAAACAGUACUAGAGUUGUGCUUUUUAGUGUUUUUCUUGUCUUUUUCCCUCCGCCUCUAGACUUAAAGUAUAGAUAGCAUGACAGCUAUAAGUAAAUAAUGGACUUUAGAAUUCUACAAACCUGAGUUCAAAACCUGGGUCUACCAUUUACUAGUUAUGUGGCCUAGCAAGUAAUUUAAUUAUCUCUAAGCCUUUGUUUUCCUGUCUUUAAAUGGUCAUGUCAGUAAUUCUUGUGUCAUAGGUUUGUUCUGAGGAUAGAUGAGAUGGUGCCUGUGUAGCACUUAGCACCACGCCUGGCACAUUUGAAAUGCACGACAAACGUCACUAAUGGUGAUGGUUGACGUCAUUAAUAUUCUUUGUCAUAAGUCUUGUUUCUUUCAGAUCUUGGGUCUGGCAUGGUGGCUUACGCCUAUAAUCCCAGUGCUUUGGGAGUCUGAGGCAGGAUUGCUUAAGGCUAGGAGUUUAAGACCAGCUUGGGCAAUAUAGCAAAACCCUAUCUCUAUAAAAGAUUAAAAAAUAAUUAGCUGGGCAUGAUGGUGCAAACCUGUAGUCCCAGCUACUGGGGAGACUGAGUUGGGCGGAUCCUUUGAACCUGGGAGGUUGAGGCUGCAGUGACCUAUGAUUGUGCCACUGCACUCCAGCUUGGGCAACAGAGUGAGACCCUCAUCUCAAAACAAACAAACAAGAAACAAGAAAACAAAUUGGAGUUUAUAGAAUUUAGGUGAAUUAUCCCAUCUGGGAUCAAACAGAAAACACUUCACAGUUUCCAGUGACACCUCUGGUUUCCGCAUGUAACACCCCAGAGCUUUUCACAGCAGCAGGGUCAAGUACUUGGGCUGUAAUAGAGUGUAAACAAAAAUCUUCAACAACAACAACAACAACAACAACAACAAAAAAACAAACUUUAUUUUAAGCUAAUUUUAGACUUAACAGAAAAAUUGCAAAAAUAGUACAGAGAGUUUCCAUCUUUCACUCAGCUUCCCCUAAUGUUAGCAUCUUUCACAACCAUAGUACAAUUGUUAGAACGAGGAAAUUAACAUGGGUAGAGAACUAUUAAACUAAAGACCUGAUGCAACUUUCACCAGUUUUUACAUUCAUGUCCUUUUCUAUUCCAGGAUCCUAUCUAGGAUCCCAUUCAGGACCCCACAUUGCAUUUAAUUGUGAUUUUCCCUUAGUCUCCUGCAGCCUAAAACACUUGCUCAGUCUUUGUUGUCUUGUCUGUCUUGUCUUUCGUGACACUUUUGAAGAGUAGUGAUCGGUAAUUUUGUCAAAUGCCCCUCACUUUGGGUUUGUCUUAUGUUUCUUGUGAUUGAACUGCAUGUUUGGCAAGAAUACCACAGAAAUAAUGUGUCAGUACAUCAUAUCCAUGGUUCAUGAUAUAGAGAGAUAUUGAUGUCUUAUUACUAUCUUAUUACUGGUGAUGUUGACCUUGGUCAUUUGGUUAAGGUGGUUUCUGCCUGGCUUCUCUACUUCAAAAUCACUAUUUUUCCCUUUGUAGUUAAUAAAUAUCUUGGGGGAGACACUUUGGAAUUGUAAAAAUUCUGUUCCUCCUGGAACUUUCACCCACUAGUUUUAGCAUUCAUUGGUAGAUCUUGUCUGCAACAAUUAUUAUAGUGGUGUUUGUCUAAUGGUGAUUUUCUGUUUUUCUCUUUCCUUCUACAUUUAUUAAGACUUCUUUUUCUUUGAGAUGGGGUCUUGCUGUGUUGCCUCAAACUCCUGAGCUUAAGUAAUCCUCCCACCACAGCCUCCCUGAGUAACUGAGAUUACAGGUGCAUGCCACCAUGCUCGGCAUCCUUCUAUAUGUAUUAAUUGGAAUUCAACUGUAAGGAAGACUAGUCCUUUUAUCCCACUUAUUAACUUGUUGGUUAUUUGUAUCAGCAUGAACUUAUUAGUGAACUUUGUUCUUUGGGCUACAAUCCAGUACUAUCAUUAUUUUGUUGUUCAAAUUAUUUCAGUUAUAGCAAAAGCCAUAAUUUAUUGUUUAGUCUGUUCUACUUGCUCUUUUCUUUUCUUUCAGUGUGAUGUUUGAAAAGGGAUCCAAAAAGUCAACAGGUUUCUGACUCCUGUGGUUAAACAGAACUAUAUCUCUUAAUUUAAAGGUCUCCAGAGGAGAACCCACCACUUCCUUUGCCACCUUGAUGUUGCUCAGAAAUGUUCUUUCUUGAAACAAAUCAUGCUGCUUUUAAAAUUUGUUUCUGUGAAAUGUCAAACUAGAAAAAAAUUUUGUUUGUUCUUAUUCCACUCCUAGUAGAGUCAAACAAUUUUUGGGAGAGUGUAUCAUGGCGUACUGUCAUUUAAACAUACCUGGGAUCAAUUUGGUACAAACCAGGACUCCUAGGCCUGCUUUUUGCGUGGUUCACUUUGUUUUAUACAAUCCUGUUGUUGGAAGCACAGCCUUCAAUUAUCCUCACUGACAAUCUCUAGUGAGUCUUAAAACUUAUGCAGCCUCUUGAGUAAGAACUCUUGAAUACGGAUUCUGUUGUUACCUGUUUUCAGGUUUCUUGACUUUGCACCCCGCAGACCAAAGGAUGAUGGCAACGUGAGGUAGAUGCAAGGCUAGUCAUGCCUGUUUUGUGUGGAACCCCAGACGGGAAGUUGUGAGGGACUGUCGCCAACAUUUAUCUACCAGUGGUUCUCAAGCUUUUUUUUUUUUUCUUUAACUUUUGUCAACCUAAGCAGGACAAAAAACCUACCAUAGCCAUUCCCACUUUAUAGAGGAAAAAGAAAUUGGGGAUAACAAAGAUUUGGAGAGGAAUAAAAUAGGAGUCAACAUGGUAACAUGGCAGCAGUUAUGUGAAAACAAAAGAGUUGGUAAGUAAAGCCAACAUUCCUUCAUACAAGAGCAGCAGCUCACAACCAACUCAGGAUAAGCCUGAUGAUGUCCUUAUCACUGACAGUCUUUCCUGGAAACUGGAAAUUGCAACCGUUUGCAUAUGUGAGGACACAGAAGGGGCUGUGCAACAUUGCCAAAGGCUGAAUGGUAUCUGAGAAAACACCAGUUAUCUGGUAAUUUUAGAUUACAAAUGCCAAAGUUUGUAAUGCAUAGUAGGCCAUUAGUAAGUACCACUCAGUGAUAAGUAAAAAUGGAAGUCAAUAGCACUGCUUUGAAGAUGGUCUUUUUUUUACAUGAGUUUGUAGGCUGUCUCAGGACGCUUUUGGUUUAUUGCUUUACAGAGCUCAGUCUAACAGAUGAAAGCUUGAAAGGGGAGAGGAACAGGGGCAGCUGAAACAUAAGAAUAAUAAUUUCCAAGAAGCUUCUGGGAAGCUCUCCAGGUAUUACCAUGCAGUGUUUCCAUGCCCCUACCCCAUGCCCUUGAGUUAGAUGAGGGAUCAAGGAAACGGAAACUACCUUAGACUCUUCGAUCCGCCUUUCUUUCCACACGUCUCCGUCAUCUCAAGAUGUCUCUAUCACCUCACUCACUCAUUGCCGCAUCCCCUACCUAACUCAUUCUCACAGUCUGGCCAGAGCCCAGCUUAGCUCAGGGGUCUCAGUCCUGUCUCCUUCAAGAAGACUUCCGGGCUCACUGCUCACUGUGAGGAUGAAUAACAGCUGCCAUUUACAGUUAGUCAUCAUCUCCUGAAAUCUCAAGCUAGACAGUGGCAUAUGUAGGACUCAGACCCCACACUCUCCAGUGUCAAAGUCUGAGCAGGUUUCCACUACAUGUACUGUGCUUCAGCACAUGGCUGAGGUGGGACUCUGCCCUGUCCUAGACUCCAGGCUGAAGGAACUACUCUCACAGCCGCCUCUGUGGGCUGUUCCUGCAGAGAAACGAAGCUCCCUGGAUGACCUCGGCCUCGCGCUCACCGCCUGCUCCUUCCCUUAUAACAGCUUUAGGGUUUUGCUUUAUUUUAAACUUUGGCACUUCCUUUUCUCUAUUGAUUUAAAAAAUAUUUUAAAAUUCUAGCAUAUUAAAAAAUCCAAACAAUAUUGAAAAAAUGGGGAAAAAAAAUCUCCCUUACUGCCAUCUCCUGAUCUCAGUUCCACUCUACAAAUGUAACUACUAUUAAUCAUUUAGCGAAGAUUUUUUCAGACUUUUUCUAUACGUGUAUAAAUGUCUGUAUGUUUGGGAAGUUUUUCUGACAUCUCAGAGUUCUGUAUCUAUGUAUCUUUGUUCUGAAUCAUCGUCCAUUCCACAUUGCAAGCUGCGAAACGGUAAGAUAAAUGUAUUUUUAAAUUAAUCUACACAGCACCUGACCAAAGGAAUACCUAUUCUUGAUGGAUUUAUAGGAGCACUUGUGCUGGAGACAGGGGUGGGAGGCAGGAUCCCUCCAGAGAGACCCUGAGCUCACCAGGUGGGAAAUGCACAUGAGCUCCGGGGAGGAGACCACACUUCAUAAGCUCACCAGCAACUGGCCCGACCUGCCAGGGCGUGCAUACUCCCCAUACUGCGAAAUCACUCGUGUGGGUUGUCCAGUGGCCGAGGGGAGGGGAGGGGAGAAAAGGGGAGGGGGAGGCACAAGGGUGGAAUGUGGGCUGGGCCAAGUUUAGAAUUACAAGUGCCACAGAGGCGUUCUGGAACCACACUUUAAAUAGCCAGCACCUUCUCCUUCCCCCUUAGAUAAUUCUUCUCCCCUGACUGGACCUCUGGCAGCAGCUUCACUAAGGUGGGAUGGAUAGCAGGGUCUCAGGCACAACCAGUAAUGGAGAGACAAAACCAGUGUAUCCAGUCAUGGAAAAGAAGGAGGAAGACGGCACCCUGGAGCGGGGGCACUGGAACAACAAGAUGGAGUUUGUGCUGUCAGUGGCUGGGGAGAUUAUUGGCUUAGGCAACGUCUGGAGGUUUCCCUAUCUCUGCUACAAAAAUGGGGGAGGUGCCUUCUUCAUCCCCUACCUCGUCUUCCUCUUUACCUGUGGCAUCCCUGUCUUCCUUCUGGAGACAGCACUAGGCCAGUACACUAGCCAGGGAGGCGUCACAGCCUGGAGGAAGAUCUGCCCCAUCUUUGAGGGCAUUGGCUAUGCCUCCCAGAUGAUCGUCAUCCUCCUCAACGUCUACUACAUCAUUGUGUUGGCCUGGGCCCUGUUCUACCUCUUCAGCAGCUUCACCAUCGACCUGCCCUGGGGCGGCUGCUACCAUGAGUGGAACACAGAACACUGUGUGGAGUUCCAGAAGACCAACGGCUCCCUGAAUGGUACCUCUGAGAAUGCCACUUCUCCUGUCAUCGAAUUCUGGGAGCGGCGGGUCUUGAAGAUCUCUGAUGGGAUCCAGCACCUGGGGGCCCUGCGCUGGGAGCUGGCUCUGUGCCUCCUGCUGGCCUGGGUCAUCUGCUACUUCUGCAUCUGGAAGGGGGUGAAGUCCACAGGCAAGGUGGUGUACUUCACGGCCACAUUUCCUUACCUCAUGCUGGUGGUCUUGUUAAUUCGAGGGGUGACGUUGCCUGGGGCAGCCCAAGGAAUUCAGUUUUACCUGUACCCAGACCUCACGCGUCUGUGGGAUCCCCAGGUGUGGAUGGAUGCAGGCACCCAGAUAUUCUUCUCCUUCGCCAUCUGUCUUGGGUGCCUGACAGCCCUGGGCAGCUACAACAAGUACCACAACAACUGCUACAGGGACUGCAUCGCCCUCUGCUUCCUCAACAGCGGCACCAGCUUUGUGGCCGGCUUUGCCAUCUUCUCCAUCCUGGGCUUCAUGUCUCAGGAGCAGGGGGUGCCCAUUUCUGAGGUGGCCGAGUCAGGCCCUGGCCUGGCUUUCAUCGCUUACCCGCGGGCUGUGGUGAUGCUGCCCUUCUCUCCUCUCUGGGCCUGCUGUUUCUUCUUCAUGGUCGUUCUCCUGGGACUGGAUAGCCAGUUUGUGUGUGUAGAAAGCCUGGUGACAGCGCUGGUGGACAUGUACCCUCACGUGUUCCGCAAGAAGAACCGGAGGGAAGUCCUCAUCCUUGGAGUAUCUGUCGUCUCCUUCCUUGUGGGGCUGAUCAUGCUCACAGAGGGCGGAAUGUACGUGUUCCAGCUCUUUGACUACUAUGCGGCCAGUGGCAUGUGCCUCCUGUUCGUGGCCAUCUUCGAGUCCCUCUGUGUGGCUUGGGUUUACGGAGCCAAGCGCUUCUACGACAACAUCGAAGACAUGAUUGGGUACAGGCCAUGGCCUCUUAUCAAAUACUGUUGGCUCUUCCUCACACCAGCUGUGUGCACAGCCACCUUCCUCUUCUCCCUGAUAAAGUACACUCCGCUGACCUACAACAAGAAGUACACGUACCCGUGGUGGGGCGAUGCCCUGGGCUGGCUCCUGGCUCUGUCCUCCAUGGUCUGCAUUCCUGCCUGGAGCCUCUACAGACUCGGAACCCUCAAGGGCCCCUUCAGAGAGAGAAUCCGUCAGCUCAUGUGCCCAGCCGAGGACCUGCCCCAGCGGAACCCAGCAGGACCCUCGGCUCCCGCCACCCCCAGGACCUCACUGCUCAGACUCACAGAGCUAGAGUCUCACUGCUAGGGGCAGGCCCUUGGAUGGUGCCUGUGAGCCUGGCCGUGGGGAUGGCUGUGGAGGGAACGGGGCAGAAGCAGCCCCAUGUGCUUCCCUGCCCCCGACCUGGAGUGGAUAAGACAAGAGGGGUAUUUUGGAGUCCACCUGCUGAGCUGGAGGCCUCCCACUCCAACCUUUCAGCUCAGGGGUUGUUGAACAGAUGUGAAAGGCCAGUGCCAAGAGUGUCCCUCUGAGACCCUUGGGAAGCUGGGUGGGGGCUGGUGGGUGGGGCGAGACUUGCUGGCUUCGGGCCCUCUCAUCCUUCAUUUCAUUAAAUCCACAUUCUUCCCGCUGA